AUGGCCAAAACCCAGAAGAACAAAGCGACGUCCUUCCAUCUGGGACAACUUAAGGCAAAGCUUGCCAAGUUAAAACGGGAACUUCUGACUCCAACAACGAGUGGCGGGGGUGGAGGGGCAGGAUUCGAUGUCGCAAGAACUGGUGUGGCCAGUGUGGGUUUCAUUGGCUUCCCUUCCGUGGGCAAAUCUACUCUCAUGAGCAGACUCACUGGCCAGCAUUCCGAAGCCGCAGCAUACGAAUUCACAACCUUGACGACGGUCCCAGGUCAGGUUGCAUACAAUGGAGCGAAGAUACAAAUGCUGGAUCUGCCAGGUAUCAUUCAGGGAGCCAAGGACGGAAAGGGUAGAGGUCGACAGGUCAUUGCCGUUGCAAAGACAUGUCAUUUGAUCUUCAUUGUACUGGAUGUGAACAAGCCCCUCACCGACAAGAAGGUCAUCGAAGCAGAACUGGAAGGUUUCGGAAUCCGGAUCAACAAGCAACCACCUAAUAUCGUUUUUAAGAAAAAGGACAAGGGCGGCAUCAGUAUUACUAACACCGUUCCUCUAUCCCACAUCGACCAUGACGAAAUUAAGGCUGUCAUGGGGGAGUAUAAAAUAUCAUCUGCAGAUAUUGCUAUCCGUUGCGAUGCCACGAUCGACGAUCUUAUCGAUGUUCUGGAGGCUAAGAGCAGAAGUUAUAUUCCCGUUAUUUAUGCACUCAACAAAAUCGACGCCAUCUCCAUUGAAGAGCUGGAUUUGCUAUACAGAAUCCCGAACGCAUGCCCGAUCUCAUCGGAGCAUGGAUGGAACAUUGACGAACUGCUAGAACAAAUGUGGGAAAAACUCAACCUUGUGAGGGUAUACACAAAGCCUAAAGGAAAAUUACCCGAUUAUACACAACCAGUCGUGUUGCGUUCCACGAAAUGUACAGUUGAGGAUUUUUGUAAUGCCAUCCAUAAGACCAUUGUUGAAGACUUCCGUGUCGCUGCUGUAUAUGGAAAAUCGGUGAAGCAUCAACCUCAACGCGUCGGCCUGAGCCAUGAGUUGGCUGAUGAAGAUAUCAGUAAGUCGUCGACUCAAAGCCCCUUUUUGGUUCUAACUUUUUUGUGCAGUUACUAUCAUUAA